UUACGAUUCCUGGGCGCCCCCCCCCCCCCCCCCAAAAAAAAAUAAAAAUGAGACAAAAAAAAAAAAAAAAAAAAAAAAAAAAAAAAAAAAAAAAAAAAAAAAAAAAAAAUAAAAAAAUAUAAAUAAAAAAAAAAAAAAAAAAAAAAAAAAAAUAAAAAAAUUAAAUUACCCCAAACCCCCUCAAAAAAAAAAAAAAAAAAAAAGAAGAAAAAAAAAUAUUAUUCUUCUUCUCUCUAUUCAUUGAUCCUUAUAUAGAAAAAAAAUAUCUAAUUCUAAUAUCUAAUGAUUUCGAUGACAUUUAAUACCAAAGUGUGUGCAUUCGAGAGUAUAAAGAAAACAACAAAGGCGUUUUUAUCCUUACAAGAUGUCGAUAAAAUUAGAGUAAAUUGGUUCUAUUCUCAAACCUUAGUGACAUUUAUUUAUAGAAACAUAUGUAGAAGAAAAACAAAACAUAAAAUCUCACACACAACUCAAGAGAGUGUUGACAGUUAUACUAUUGUUUUUUCAAAUUAAGUAUUUUUUUUUGUUUUCUCAUUUUUUGUUUCCUCAUUGUUUUAAAAACAACAACGCGUUCAAUUUGUUCUACUUGAUUUUUGUUUUCUCUAUACAACAAAAUGGUUUAUAAUCUUAUUAAAAGCGAUAUAUAUAUAUUUCACUUCCUGUUUUUGCUAUUUAUAUAAUGAGAGAGAGAGAGAGAUCAUCUAUUUCACAGUUUUUUGGUUUUCUAUUAGCUAUUCUCAAUUAUUCAAAAGUCUAAAAAAAAAAGAAAACUAUUCUAUUUUACCCAAAGAACAUAUGAUUUGUAUAAUAUAUUCUCUAUGUACAUAACAUAUUCAAGUUGAUUAGAUAUUAUAUUAAUAACAGUGAUUUAUUUAUCUUUUUGAGUUUUGUUAUUGUUAACUGAAACGUUAAAAAAAUAAAAAUAAAAAUUCUUUUUUUCAUUUAUUGACAGACAGAAAAGAUAGAUAGAUAUAGAGAGAGACAUAUUUGUAUGUUUUUUUAUUUUUUUAUCACAUAAAUCAAACGAAAAAAGAAGAAAGAAAACAAAAAUAAAGAGUUUUUAUAUAAGAGAAAAGAAAAGACAGAUGAUAAUGAUUAUUAUUAUUAUUAUUAUUAGAAUUAAUUAUAAUAAUAAUCAUAAUAACCCGUCUAACGAAGUACUAACGAAAUAAUAUUCUCAUCAUUAUUAUUUUUGAUCGUUUUCUCUUCUAUUCUUUUUUUCUCUUUUUUUUUUCUCUUUUUUUUAUUUUUAUUUUCUUUGUGUCACACGCAAACAAUAGAGAUAAUAUUACGAUAUAAUAGAGCAACAGGAAACGUGAGAAUAUAAAUGCACAAACAGAUCUCUUUAAAUAUUACCAUCAAUGAUGCUAUGAUUUUGUCUAAUUGGUUGGUCUCGACAAUAUAAAUAGGAUCAAAAUGGUAGUUAAAAGUCUAUUUUUAGGAACAUUAAAUAAAUGGUGAAAAACUGCUUAUUAAUCUUUAGUUUUUGAUCGAUAUGUAACAAAAACAAAAGCAAAAAAAAAGAAGAAUGUCUUAUAUAUAUUGUAUUAAAUAGACUCUCUCAAACUUGUUUUUCUAUACAUUAAAAUAUUCUCUUCAAAUAUUGCUUCUUCAUUUCCUAUAUGGUUAUCUAAUGGAGAAGAAGAAGAACAAAAAUUCCUUUCUUAUUGUAUUUUGCUCUUUCUUAACUUAUUAAGCAUAUUAACGCCUACUAUAUAUACUUUCUGUCUUAUGCAAAAAUUGAUGUAUAUAUAUAUAUAUAUAUAUCCUCGUGUGUUAAUAUUAUUUCAUUUGUCGCCUAUGUUCUUCUCUUUUUCUUUCUUAACUGAUUUAGAUGACCCUGUAUUUGGCGUCUACAUUUGUUAGAAGAAUUUUUUUUUUUUUUACAACAAAUCGUACAACCUUGCAAGAUAAUAAUAUAGAUAAGAGGGAGAGAAAGAGUUAUCUCCGCAAGAUAAAUUUGUAACGUGCACACUAUUAAUAAUACUAAUAAUAAUAAUAAUAAUCAAUGAUGUAUCAUUUUCAUAAAAUGAACAACAUCUUCGUUCAUUUCCGGAAAUGAAAUGGAGUCUUCUUCGCCUUCUUCUUCUUCUUCUUCGUCUGCUCUACUUUUUUCUUGUUUAUUGUGAAACGCUCUAAAGUUCAGGUACUAAUAAAAUGCAAAACAGUUGUUUGCAAUAAUCAUUCACACAUCACGAUUCUCGUUCAGAUCAUAUUUCUUUCGUCAGAAAGAGAGAGAGAAAAAAGAAUAAAAGAAAAGAAAACAGACCAAGACAAUUGUGUAUUAUCAUCAGUAUUUGAUUUUAUUAGACUGAUUACCUACUAUUAUUAUUGUUUCUCACUUUAUUCGCACUUUGUAGACAUUUAAACUAUCGAAUGAGAAAAAUAAUUACAUGUGUGAAGUGCAAACACCAGUGUGAGUAAUUUAUUACGUCUGUGUGAUAAACUACUAUUAAAACUUUGAAAAGAAUUUGAUAUUUGUCUCAUAAUUCAUCAUCUCAUGAUUCCACUUCGUUUUUAAGACACCAUUUUGAGAGAAUAAUUGUGUUCUUAUAAAAAAUAGUUUAGUAAAAAAAACAACAACUUUAUAUUGAAACCAGAGUAAUUUAUUUGCAUAUCAAAUAUUGUGCCUUAGGAUUUAUUUAAUUAGUUGUCAUAUGAUCUAAUUGAAUGAUUCAAACAAAAACAUCAUAGAAAUACGAGGGAUAAAGAAAGAAAUCGUGCAGCUAAAUUGUUUAAUGUCAAAUUGUUAUUAUCUUCUCUUUUUAUGUUUAGAGUUUUCAAGAAAAGUAGUCCAAAUUCAAAGAUAACAUGCUACCUUGGGAAACGCGAUUUCAUCGAUUAUAUGGAUCACAUCGAUCCAAUUGAUGGUGUUGUAUUAGUUGAUCCUGAAUAUGUUAAAGAACGUAAAGUAUAUGCAUGUGUUUUGGCCGCAUUUCGUUAUGGCAGAGAAGAUUUAGAUGUAUUAGGUUUAACAUUCCGAAAAGAUUUAUUUUGUUCAUCACAACAAAUUUAUCCACCCAUAGAUGAUAAAAAAAAAUCAUUAACACAUUUACAACAACGAUUACUAAGAAAAUUAGGUCCAAAUGCGUAUCCAUUUUAUUUUGAAAUGCCAUCAAAUGCGCCAGCCUCUGUAACAUUACAACCAGCAGCUGGUGAUACAGGAAAACCGUGUGGAGUUGAUUAUGAAUUAAAAACUUAUGUAGCUGAAACUGCUGAAGAAAAAGCACAUAAAAGAAAUUCCGUCCGAUUGGCUAUUCGAAAAUUGACAUAUGCACCUGAAACUCCUGCCCCACAACCAGUUGUUGAAGCUCAUAAAGAUUUUAUGAUGUCACCAGCACCAUUACAUCUUGAAUGUACAUUAGACAAAGAGAUGUAUUAUCAUGGUGAAAGUAUAAAUGUAAAUGUUGUUGUGACAAAUAAUUCAAAUAAAACAUUAAGAAAAAUUAGAAUAGCAGUGAAACAAUAUGCUGAAAUAUGUAUGUUUACAAAUGCACAUUACAAAUGUACUGUUGCUGAAUUAGAAACAGAUGAAGGUUUUCCGAUUACACCGUGUACAAAUUUAACAAAAGUUUAUUCACUAAUACCAUUAUUAGCUAAUAAUAAAGAUAAACGAGGUUUAGCAUUAGAUGGAAAAUUAAAACAUGAAGAUACAAAUUUAGCAUCAUCAACAAUCAUUCGGAAUGCAACACAAAAAGAAAAUUUAGGCAUUAUUGUUCAGUAUAAAGUAAAAGUGAAAGUUAUUGUGGCCAUGGGAGGUGAUCUGGCUGUUGAACUACCAUUUACUCUGACACAUCCCAAACCGCCUCCUACUCCACCACCGUCACGUCAGAUCGAAUAUUCAACAUCUCCGAAUCAUCAUGAAACCGGCGAUACUAAUAAUGAUAUACCUGUCGAUCAUAAUCUAAUACAAUUAGAUACAAAUUAUGAAAGUGGUGGUCAAGAUGAUGACUUUAUAUUUGAAGAAUUUGCACGUAUACGACUGAAAGGACACGAUGGAGAUGAUACUGAAGCAUAA